UGUAGAAGGUAGAACUGGAUUGCAAAAUUUGGGCAGAGCGGUAUGUGUGCAGAAAAAAAAGGAAUGUCGGUGUGAAGACACAGUUGUAGCUCUUGCAUAAAAGAAGCUCCAGCUAUCAUGAUUCAGUGCCCCCAACAGGAGGAACUUAAAUGGGUAAUAAAAGGCAUUUAGGGGGCAGAAGAAUGCUGUAGGCCUGCCAUCUCAACUCAAGCCACUGCCUGAAGGUAUGAUGAGGCCUACAGAUAAGGAGACGAAUGCUAUUGGAAAGAUAGAUUGUUCAUCAUAGUUCCUGGGAGGCGGGGAACAUGCCACCCAAUGCAGGGCCACACAAAAGAACCUCAAGCUAUUAAAUAGAAGAAAAUGGAAUUGAAUAAGAUGUCAGCAUGGAACAGUGUAAUGAUUCAUUACAAGUCAGUAACAAUGUUGAAGAUGCAAAAACGGAUGUUCAAGAAUUUGAGCAGCUAGCCUGCAUGGACUCUGGGGCCCCUUCCUUUGGACACAAUGAUCCUCCCACAGCUUUGCCCAUCACCACUCCUGAGACAAGUGGUUCUCCUGCACCACAGCCCGUCCCUGGGCCCCUGGCCCAGACUCAGGCUCUCUGUGCAGAUGACUUCCAUCUAGUGGACCAAAAUGGUCAACCUGUUCAGUACGAACUUCAGUCAUCAGGGGAUUCUAAUGCACAAAUGAUGCUUGUUGCCAGCCCAUCAGAAAAUGGACAAGUGCUUCGUGUGGUUCCAUCUAGCCCGACAGGCAUGGCGCAGGUGAUUAUACCUCAGAGACAGCUUGUGGAUGUGAACAGUGCUCGGGACAUCCCUGAGGAGAAACCCGGUGACAGAAGCUUGCCAACUGUAGGAGCGGAUGCCCUAGCAGACGAUACCAGUUACGUUCUCCCUCCACAGGCAACUCUCCCAAUGCCCAAAAAGUCAGGGGCCAGAAUGCUUGAAGAACCUUUUUUGGCUCCUCUUCAGCCACUUUCUUCUAAUACACCUAUCUGGGCCUGUCGUCUUAGGAGCUGUGAGAAAAUUGGAGAUUCAUACCGUGGCUACUGUGUAAGUGAGACUGAAUUAGAAAGUGUGCUAACAUUUCACAAGCAGCAAACUCAGAGUGUCUGGGGGACCCGCCAGUCUCCAAGUCCAGCCAAGCCUGCUACACGCUUGAUGUGGAAAUCCCAGUAUGUCCCCUAUGAUGGAAUCCCAUUUGUCAAUGCAGGAAGCAGAGCCGUGGUAAUGGAAUGUCAGUAUGGGCCAAGGAGAAAAGGUUUCCAGUUAAAAAAGAUCAGUGAACAGGAAAGCAGGUCUUGUCAGCUCUACAAAGCUACUUGUCCAGCCCGGAUUUAUAUUAAAAAGGUACAGAAGUUUCCUGAGUACCGAGUUCCUACAGACCCUAAAAUUGACAGAAAAAUAAUCAGAAUGGAGCAGGAAAAAGCUUUUAACAUGCUAAAGAAGAACAUGGUGGAUGCUGGUGGUGUUCUGAGAUGGUAUGUACAGUUACCUACUCAGCAAGCUCAUCAGUAUCAUGAAUUGGAGACUCCCUGCCUCCCUCUGUCCCCUUCCACUUUUCCCGUGUCUUCUCUUGAAGAACAGGAAGCUGCAGUUAGAGAUGAGAACUGCACAUUACCCUCACGUCUGCACCCGCAAGUGGCACAUAAAAUUCAAGAAUUAGUGUCACAGGGAAUAGAACAAGUAUAUGCAGUAAGGAAACAGCUAAGAAAAUUUGUGGAGAGGGAGCUGUUCAAACCUGAUGAGAUACCUGAAAGACACAAUUUAUCUUUUUUUCCAACUGUAAAUGAUAUAAAAAAUCACAUCCAUGAAGUACAGAAAUCUUUGGGAAAUGGAGAUAUGGUGUUUAAUUCAGAAAUCAUUCCAGCAACGCUUCAGUGGACCACAGACAGUGGGAAUAUUCUCCGAGAGACUGUGACCGUCACCUUGGCAGAAGGAAAUUCAUCAGGAGAAUCAGUUACUUCGAAAGUGGAAACAAUUCAGACAGGGAGUUGUUUGUCUCCAGAUCCAACCCCCUUGCUCGCCUCACUUUCCUCAUUUCAGCCCAAAUUAUUUACACAACUACAGGGAUUGCAGUUACAAUCGAGCAUCACCACUCCUGACACAUCCCCAGCUCUGGUCCCAGAAAAUGACCAUCCAUCCUGCGGUCCCUCAGGACUGCUGGGCUCAAUAGGAAGUACUGUAAUGAAUCAUAAUUCUCUCCUGCUUGGUCAAAGUCUCAGUCUUCAAACAGAACAAUGCCUAACCCCGGAUAACAGCACUGCCUCUGCCAUUGAUAACCUCCCAGAACCAGAUCAAAAUCUACUUGAAGUCGAUCAGCUGGCAGAAGUAGGAGAUGCUGAGGGUACUGGGAAUCUGGAAGGAAGUGUUCAUCAGAUUCUCUUGGGAGACGUACAGACCCUUCCGAUACGGAUUAUGGACAACUUUGAAGAAAAUACAGUCGGUACUGUUUCUGUGAGCCAAGUAAAGCAAGAACCCAAAGAGCAAACAUUAUCUGUGGAAACAAAAAGCAAAUUGGACUGUAAGAAAUUGGCUGCUAUACAAAUUAAAGAAGUUUUUCAGAAUCUACAACUCUGGUGGCUUCUGAUGGCCUGUAAAAGAAGGUGAAUGUUGUCAAGGCCCAGCACCGUGGUAACCGGACUGAGGACUGGUUUGAUGAGCAGCUUUGAUUUUAAACUGAUGUAUUUAUUGUCAAUUCCAUAUUUUUACCUUCCUUACAAGAUAAUUUACUCUUUUUAUUUUGUACAAUUCUCAUGUUUUUUGAUGAUCAAGUAAGGUUAGUAGUUCAAAAGAUCAUGUGAUUUGAAUACAAUCUGAACUGAUA